ACUGCGGUACUUGUUCUAAAAGAUUUGCAAUUUUUUUGCCGAAAAUUCCUGGCUGUAAAUUGAGUUUAUAAACGGUAAUUUUUGUCUGCUGCCUGCUUAAAAUGCAAAAAUAUGAAAAAUUGGAAAAAAUCGGUGAGGGUACCUACGGUACUGUAUUUAAGGGCCGUAAUCGUGAGACCAUGGAAAUUGUGGCAUUGAAGCGCGUCCGUCUGGACGAAGACGACGAGGGAGUGCCCAGCUCGGCACUCAGGGAAAUCUGUCUGUUGAAGGAGCUGAAGCACAAAAAUAUAGUACGUCUAUACGAUGUAUUGCACUCAGACAAGAAGCUGACGCUUGUUUUCGAGCAUUGCGAUCAGGACUUGAAGAAGUACUUUGACAGUUUGAAUGGAGAAAUCGAUAUGGCGGUUUGCCGCAGCUUUAUGUUACAACUGCUGCGUGGGCUCGCCUUUUGUCACAGUCACAACGUACUCCAUAGAGACUUGAAGCCACAGAAUUUAUUAAUCAAUAAAAACGGCGAAUUAAAACUAGCUGAUUUUGGACUUGCGCGUGCCUUUGGCAUCCCGGUAAAGUGCUACUCUGCCGAAGUGGUUACGUUGUGGUAUAGACCGCCUGAUGUGCUCUUUGGUGCAAAAUUAUAUACAACUAGCAUUGAUAUGUGGUCGGCUGGUUGCAUUUUCGCUGAACUCGCCGAUGCAGGUCGUCCACUUUUCCCUGGCUCUGAUGUUUUGGAUCAAUUGAUGAAAAUCUUCCGUGUGCUUGGUACGCCUACAGAGGAAUCCUGGCCUGGAGUAACUCAUUUGGCUGAUUAUGUUGCACUUCCAUCCUUUCCGCCCAUUACUUCCUGGAGCCAAAUAGUACCACGUCUUAAUUCCAAGGGUCGAGACUUACUGCAAAAAUUGUUAGUAUGUCGCCCAAAUCAGCGAAUUAGUGCGGAGCAGGCAAUGCAACAUCCUUACUUCACUGAAAGCAGCUCAUCGAAUCAUUGAAUGAAUACAUAUUUAUUUAGGAAUAUAUCGGUUUUUAUAAUUAUGUUGCUGUAAUCGCUUCUAAUUGGCAAAACAAAAUUGAUUUUGCUAUAAUAUGUAGGUAUCGAUAAGAGACUUCAAAUAGGAGAAAGUGAGAGCAGCCUUCGCCCGAUCGUGCGUUAGGGGCUCAUAAAAUUUUAAGGUAAUUUCUAUAAACGAAAAGCUGAUUAUAAAUAUACGACAGAAAAGGCCGUCUUCAAUGUAUGUAUUGUAAUGAUAUAUAAUCUAAGUUAUUUGUUUUUUUUUUUAUAUUCAGUUUAAGAACGUAUUCCAUAAUUGUAAACAAUAUAAUACGGGGCUGUAAAUGCUUUAAUAAUGUCAAAAAUUUAUAUUUAGGUUAAUUUUAAGUUAUUUUUAAAAAGCAUCAGCCAUGUAAGAAUUUAUAAUUCGAUUAGAAUAAAAAAGUAAUUCAAUUAACAUUAUUGUACUUAAAAUAUAAGCGAUAUUGCCAUUAUACCUCCUCUCCUUCAGAAGCGUUUACAAUUUUUGUAAAAAAAGACCUCUGAGAAUAUCAGAAUAUAAUGUCCCAAUCAUAAUUAAAUAAA